AUGUUUCUGACGUACCCACAGUGUGCUAUGGAGAAGGAAGAUGUCUUAAAGGAGCUACUGUUGAAGGUUGAUAUUUCAGUAACCAUUCUCUUACAACUGCCACAGAAAUUCCCUGAUUAUGUCCAGACAUAG